GCUCGUUGACAGCUCUCCCCCUCACGGCUCAGGCUCUCAGUUUUUUCUUCUCCCAAUCUCCCCCCUUCUCUCUGGCUCUCGCCUCCUGUCUUCCUUCCCUGGCGGCGGCGACCUGCGCCCCUUUGCCGGCGACGAGCAACCACCAGGCAUUGAGUUGCAUCCACAAUGUCGCAGCUCGGAACACAUGCAUUGCCUGGAGCUGCAAUCUAUGGCACUUCAACUAGGAGAUUUGGAGGUUCACAAUUCCAGCAAUCUAAAGUUAACCGCAUCUCAUUUGAAGGGAAAGUGUCUACUAAAGCAACAUUGAGAAGCGUGAGGUGUAAAGCUACUCAAACUCAAACUCAGAGCGUCCAAAAGAAAUCUUCAAGUGCAACUGUUCAACGUGAUAAGAAAGGGAAAGUCCAAGGGCCAAAACUUGAUGAUGGAAGUGGUGGGUUCCCUCCAUUCCGUUUUGGCAAAGGCGGGGGUGGUGGUGGAGGUGGCGGAGGUGGCAGCAACUACUUCGGCGGAUUCCUUCUCUUCUCCUGUGUGUUGCUCCUUGAUUACCUGAAGGAGUUCGAGAAGCACCUCCUUACUCGAAGGCACCGAGCUGGUGAUGAUGCUGGCAAUGGGCUGCUUCAGCCAUAAUCGCUGUUUACUAGCCCCACUAGCUACUCGUUCUGACAAAGAAGGCUUCUGGCUGCCUUCUGAAAACAUAUCAUGCGACCGGCUUGGUAGUUUAUGCUCUCUUUCCUGUGGACUGCUGCGAAAGAUCAUGUCAGAUUCGAGACUCUGUCCGAGAUGCUGAAAGCUCCUGCAAGCAGGCUGCUGAGCUGACCUGGAAAUAUGAACCUAGUGUAAUGUAGUGUGCCCGUUUCAGAUGGAUCCUGUGGCUGGUGGCAUUUAACGCUUGCCGACUGCGGAUUGAACCGGUUAACUAGGAGUUUCGUGGAGGUUUUUGUUCUCUGCUCUGCUGGGCAUAUAAAGUUCUAUGAUUUUUGAAAUGGAGAUUGUAAUAAGUGGACAGGGGAAAUGCUGCGCCAUUGCUGGUUCGUUUGCGGGAAAUUUCCUGGGAGACUCAAAAACCGAGGGCCUAGAGAGGGUCCAAAGCUA